AUUACCUAAUUCCCCCCUCCCCUCGUCUAAUCUAGGGGCCCUUCCUUUCGAACCUUUCUUGCUUUCUGCCUCUCCCUGAUCCCUUUCUCUCUCUAACCCGCCGAAGCAGCCAUUGAUCUACCACCCUUCACCCUUACUUAUCAGUCUUCCAUUCUUCAACUGUCACUGCAAGAUGUCAACUAAUGAGGAAACAAAUUUUGCAACUAAUGAGACACUAACACCAUCAACAUCUACAUCACAUGUUACUGCUAGUUCUACCGAAGCCAACAAAACAUGUAAAGUUGUAAGUAAAGGGCGAAAGCAAAGGGAGUCAUCUCAAUCUACAUCGAUUGUAUGGGAUCACUUCACCAAAUUUGUUGAUAAGAAAGGUAAUAAGAAAGCUAAAUGUUCUCAUUGUGGUAAAGAAUUGUGUGCUGCUACAAAAAAGAAUGGAACAUCUUCUUUGAAAAAUCAUAUUAAAGUUUGUCCUAAGUUGAAAUUGGUGCAUGAUAGUGAGGAGAACAAGCAGAUGGAAUUAGUUCUUGCUUCGGGAGGGGAUGGGUUGGGUAAUUGGAAGUUUGAUCAAGAGGGAAUUAGGAGGAGUUUAGCUAAGAUGAUCAUUUUAGAUGAAUUGCCUUUUAAGUUUGUGGAAAAUGAAGGAUAUAGGAAGCACAUAAACAAAGCAUGUCCUAGAUUUCGUAUCCCGUCACGAUGGACUGUUGCUAGGGAUUGUUAUAAGGUUUAUACUGAUGAAAAAACUCGAAUGAGAAAAUUAUUGAAAUUAUGUCCUGGUAGAAUAUGUCUCACCACUAACACAUGGACUUCGAUUCAAAGAAUUAAUUAUAUGUGUCUAACUGCUCAUUUUAUUGAUAAUGAUUGGAAGUUGCAAAAAAAAAUUUUGAACUUUUGUCCGAUCACUAGUCACAAAGGUGAGGCCAUUGGUAAGGUAAUUAGUAAAUGUUUGGGGAAUUAGGAGAUCCAAAAGAUUUUUUCUAUCACUGUUGAUAAUGCUAGUUCAAAUGAUGUUGCAAUAGGAUAUUUGAAGAAAAUAUAUAAUGUUGCUGGAACUAGUAUUUUAGGAGGUAGAUUUUUUCAUGUGAGAUGCAUUGCUCAUAUUGUUAAUCUUGUGGUCUCUGAUGGAUUGAAGGAUAUGAAUUCCUCAAUUGCUUAUGUUAGAGGGGCGGUGAGAUAUAUUAGGCAAUCCCCUGCUAGAUUAGCUAAGUUUAAGGAGUGUGCUGCUAGUGCGGGAGUUGAGAGUAAGUAUUUAUUGUGUUUAGAUGUGGGCACUAGAUGGAAUUUUACUUUUUUGAUGUUGGAUACAGCUUUGAAAGUUCAGAGGGCUUUUGCAUCAUUUGAAUUAUGUGAUAAUAGCUACAUACCUGAGCUCAUAAGGUUAGGGGAUGGGGUGCUCGAUGAUAGAAAUUGGCAAAUGUUAAGAGGAUUUCUCGUUUCUUAAGAGAAUUUUAUGAUUUGAACUUGAGUGUUUCAAGCACAUCUUACAUAACGGUUAAUUCUUUUUUGGAUUCCAUUUCUGAUGUGUAUACUACUUUGAUUGAAUGGCAAAAUAGUGAUGAGGUUGAUUUACAAUCUAUGACAAUUAAGAUGAAAGAGAAAUUUGACAAGUAUUGGGAGAAUGUGGACAAAAUGAAUUUGGUAUUAUUCAUUGCUGCUAUACUUGAUCCAAGGAAAAAGGUUUCUUAUGUUGAAUUUACUUUGCUAGACAUGUAUCCUCCUACUCAAGCUUCAAUGAUGUUUUCUUUGAUGACACAAAUAAUGGAUGAGUUGUUUCGUUGUUAUAGAAACAUGUUAUAACCUCCAGCUCGUGAUGUUGGUGAAAGUGGUCAAGAGUGUCCAUCCUCCAUGAGUCAAGGCACUAGUGGUAGUUGUAGUGAUAGUGUUGCUUCAAUUUUGAUUGGCAAGGACACAGAAUGUACUAAAAAAAAAUUGGAUAGGUUUAAGAAGCAUCGGUUAAAUACUGGAUCAAAUGAGCUGAACACGAAAUUGGAGAAAUAUUUAUCUGAGCCUGUGGAUGAUGAAGGUUUCGAUGAUGAUGAGUUUGAUGUUCUCAUGUGGUGGAAACUUAAUCAGUUUAGGUUUCUUGUACUUGCUGCUAUUGCUCGUGAUGUAUUGGUUGUUAUCGUAUAAACAGUUGCUUCGAAAUCUGCUUUUAGUACCGGUGGGCGUGUGUUUGAUGCAUAUAGGAGUUCUUUGACUCCUAAAGUCGUGCAAUCACUUAUUUAUGCCCAAAAUUGGUUAUGUGGAUUGGCAUGUGGUGAUCCGGAUUUGAUUGAAGAUGAUUUGGAUGAGCUUGAUAAACUUGAUUUUGGUAAAUAUUUUAUUUAUUUUAUAGUUUUAUUUAUAAUUCAAUUUAUUUGAUUUGUCAAAAAUCAAUUUACCAUAUUUGUUAUUUUAUUCUUUAAAGUUGAUGAAUAUUACAUUGGAGACAAUAGCUGAGUCUGAGCCUGAGUUGGACUAACACUUUCAGGAAAGGGAUUAUUAUUCCAUUCCUCACAACCAAAUAUGCCCAUUAGAGUAACGUGGCCUUAAAUGAUUGGAACGGGAGCUUAGCUGUCUCCUACAAUCCUUUCUCUGCCGUUAGAGUUGGGAAGGGCGACGGAUGGAGCAGAGUUUGGGCGGCACUUUUUUUGAAACCCCUAAAAGCAAAAUAGCAAGAGUUGGGUUCUUUACCAAAAAAAUAAACGCCAGAAGGACCUCUCUCACUCACUCAGUUAUCUUCACUUAGUACUCAAAUUUCCCAAUUCUUUUACAAAGAAAUGACAGGAGCAUUGAAACCGCCGAGUGCCUUUGCGAUAACCCCACACAAAGUUUCCCUCUGCAUUUUGGUUCAGAUCUACGCUUCCCCUUCUCAAAUUUCCGUCCCUUUCCCUUUCUCCUCCGUUUCUCAACACAACCGCCUGGGCGUGUAUUUGUUAGCUCUCACCAAGUCCUGUGAUGACAUUUUGGAGCCAAAAUUAGAUCAAAUCAUUACCCAAUUGAGGGAGAUUGGUGGUUUAUUGGAUCAUUGGUUAACUGAUCAUUUAACUAGCCGGCUAUCGUCGUUAUCAUCACCUGAUGAUUUAUUCAAUUUCUUUAACGAUAUGCGAGGAAUAGUUGGAGGACCUGAUUCAGGAGUCAUGGAUGAUGACCAGGUUAUUUUGGACCCAAACAGUAACUUGGGGAUGUUUCUUCGCCGUUGCGUACUUGCUUUCAACCUCUUAACUUUUGAGGGUAUCUGCCAUCUUUUGACAAAUAUAGGAAUCUAUUGUAAAGAAGCCAUGUCAAGUUGUUCAUCGUAUGAGUUGCGCCGGUUAGAUGAUUCUGGUAAUGAUUUGGAAUCUUUAUCUGAGUAUGAGAACAUGGAUCUCAAUCUUGUUUUUAAAAAAAUAAAUGAAGAAAUGGAAGCUAGGAAAAGAGCCACUGAACAAGUUUCUUUUCAUCUUCAUCUUCCGAAGGAGCUAUCAACGUUGGUUGAAGAUAUUGAGGUUUUUGCUGACCCUAAAUCAGAACACAAUGACAAAGGCAGAGAAUCUUCUCCAUAUGCCUCUUCUGGCGAUUUACUGAGAGAUUUUGAUCCCAAUGGUGGGGUAUUUUUGCGCACCAAUUGGCAAAUACAAGGCUACCUGACAGAGCAAGCUGAUGCAAUUGAAAAGCACGGCAGUUCUUUCACUUUAAAUGCCUUUGAACUGACUUUAAGGCAACUUCAGAAGUUGGCCCCUGAGCUACAUCGUGUUCACUUUUUGCGUUACUUGAAUAGCCUGUAUCAUGAUGACUAUUUUUCUGCAUUGGAGAAUCUUCAUCGUUACUUUGAUUACAGUGCAGGAAUUGAGGGAUUUGAUUUUGUUCCUCCUACUGGUUGCAAUAGUUUUGGAAGAUAUGAGAUUGCACUGUUAUGUUUGGGGAUGAUGCACUUUCACUUUGGGCAUCCUAAGCAGGCUUUGGAGGUCCUUACUGAAGCUGUUCGUGUCUCCCAACAGCACAGCAAUGAUACUUGUCUAGCAUACACCCUAGCAGCUAUCUCCAACUUGUUGUCUGAAAUUGGUUUCUCAACCACCAGUGGAAUACUUGGAUUGCCAUUCUCUCCUAUGACCAGUGUAGGCACUUCAUUGUCUGUCCAGCAACAACUGUUUGUUCUCUUGAAAGGAUCUCUAAAGAGAGCAGAGAGUUUAAAAUUGAAACAAUUGGUAGCUGCCAAUCAUCUUUCAAUGGCUAAAUUUGAUUUGACGCAUGUGCAGAGACCUCUGCUAUCAUUUGGUCCCAAGGCUUCCAUGAAGCUUAGGACAUGCCCAAUUAGUGUUUGCAAGGAACUAAGGUUAGGUUAUCACUUAAUCAGUGAAUUUUGUUGCGAAGGCUCUACAAUGACAACAGAUGGUGCUUUUAGUACUGCAUGGCUUAAGAACUUGCAAAAGCCCAUGGGUUCGUUAGUGCUGUCUCAAGAUAAUAGUUCUAGGAACAAUUCUAAUCCUUUCCUGUUCUGUACACAACCAAGCUCAAUUCCUGGAUCUGUUCUGCAGCUAGUAGGUUCUUCAUAUUUACAUCGUGCUACUGCAUGGGAGAUAUAUGGAAGCGCCCCACUUGCUCGAGUGAAUGCUUUAGUUUAUGCAACUUGCUUCACUGAUGCUUCAAGUUCAUCUGAUGCAGCAUUAGUAUAUGUGAAGCUUAUACAACAUCUGGCAGUAUUUAAAGGCUACAAAGAGGCUUUUGCUGCUCUUAAAAUUGCGGAAGAGAAGUUUUUAUGUGUCUCCAAAUCACGGAUAUUGAUACUGAAGUUACAGCUGCUCCAUGAGCGUGCAUUACAUCGAGGACAUCUCAAGCUUGCGCAACAAGUAUGCGAUGAGCUUGGAGUUUUGGCAUCAUCUGUCACUGCUGUGGACAUGGAUCUGAAGACAGAGGCAAGCCUUCGCCAUGCUCGUACAUUGCUUGCGGCAAAGCAGUUUAGCCAGGCAGCAGCUGUGGCACACUCCCUCUUUUGCAUGUGCUACGAAUUCAAUCUGCAAGUUGAAAGUGCAUCUGUUCUUCUUCUGCUUGCUGAAAUUCACAUGAAAUCAGGAAAUGCUGUUGUGGGCCUUCCAUAUGCAUUAGCGAGCCUCUCAUAUUGUCAGUCAUUUAACUUGGAUCUGCUUAGAGCAUCGGCAACUCUUACACUCGCUGAGUUAUGGCUUUCACUUGGAUCAAAUCAUACAAAGACAGCUUUAAGUCUUUUACAUGGUGCUUUUCCAAUAAUACUUGGCCAUGGAGGUUUGGAGCUCUGUGGUCGGGCCUAUAUUACAGAAGCAAAAUGUUAUCUCUCAGAUCCAAACUUCUCAGUUUCUGACAAUCCUGAGGUUGUGCUGGAUCCCUUAAGGCAAGCAUCAGAUGAGUUGCAAGCUUUGGAGUAUCAUGAAUUAGCAGCUGAAGCUUUCUACUUGAUGGCCAUCAUAUUUGACAAGCUGGGGCUGCUAGAAAAGAGGGAAGAAGCAGCAGCUUCAUUCAAGAAUCAUAUUAUGGCACUUGAGAAUUCGCAAAAUGUGGAAGAUCCUCUGUUAAGUGUGUAA